AACUUACGAACUUUCGCCCUUUUUUCGCUUUCUUUGUGAGUGGCCGUGUGAAACAAAAAAACAUUCCAUAUGUCCUGAAUUUUCUGUAUAUUUAUUUUCUCUUUACUGUAUUUUAGGGCAACGGCUGUGACGACUGCAUGCUAAUUGAAAAUCUAGUGAACAAGUGUUAAUAAUCUUGAAAAGAAUUUUCUAUUAUUUAGCUUUCUCCUUUCAAGACUUUUUUUGGGGCGUGAAUUUCGAAACCGGUAAGGAAUGGGCUUGGAGCAGAGUAACCAAGGAGGAAGCAGCCACGGUGCUAAAAGCAGUGCAAACAAAGCAGAUCGUCUGCGCCGUGGAAAAUCAGUUCCCGAACAGAGGUGGAGCGGCGAUGCUGGAACUCCUGAUCAACGGCCCGGAAGUGCCUCCCCUGGUCAUAGCAUUUGCAGUGAUUCAGAUCUGCCUUACAUAUCGUACACCGUCAGUCGACCAAUUGGCGACUCUCCAAAGCCUCAACACAAGUAUCACCUGUCCCGCGCUAAGUCAUCACCUCAACAUGCAUCCAAGACAUCCGGAAUGUCGCGCAAAGCUGCCUCCAAAGUUGAUCCUAAUCUCAUUGUAGUUAAGGAACCACUACCAGGCGAGAGCACAGACACAGAUCCUGAUAUUCUCAAACUCCAAAGGAUCCCCAAGUUCCUUCCAAUCAUGAGAGGCUCUAUAGGAGCUACAGAUGCAAAGGAUCCGGAAGUAUUUGAGCGUUUGGAUUCAAACAAUUUGUACAGACUGUGUUUGAUUUACGAAAAUUAUCUCCACAAGCAUGCAGUCUCUGUGGAAGCAGAUCAGAAAACACUACUAGAACAAAUAAAAGAGAUUCACAACGAGUCGAAUAGGCUAAUCUACUCCUACUCGGAACGUCAAAAAGCUUUUGCCCGAUAUGCAGACCAGCUGAGUAAAGUGACGCAGCUAGAGCAGAGUCUGAACAAGUGCCAUCUGAGCUUGAACAAGACCUUGGAAACAGUCGAAAUGCUCAACAACUCUUUGCCGCCGGACGAGAGACUCGAACCAUUUGUAUGGACCACAGGUUGAACUUGGUACUAAUUUUGCAUCUGGAAGACUCGAAUCCAAGAGGAAACAGGUUUGAAGCUCUAAUUAAUUCGCAACGAAUGGUGUUAAAGUCACAGGGUGUCUUCUGGUCAUGAGAAAGUGUGUAAAAACUUGAAUGUAAAUUACUCCUUGACAAAGUAUUUGCGAAAUUCCAUUCCAAUCGACUCUGCUCUCUCAGACCCUAAGCUCAUUGUAAAUCUACUGAAGUGUGCAGUAAGAUCACACCAAAGUUGGAGUUUUGAUAAGAACAAAUAUGUACAAUAUUUCAGAUCUCCUAAAAUAUGUCAAAUGGAGAUGCGUUAGAAAUCAGAAGAUGCACAAUAAAGGUAUGGCAACUUGAAGAGCAACUUAUAGCCAUGCCUUUGUAGGAGCCUCAGAGAUGGGAAGAAGGGUUAUGGAAGUUGAUAAAACUAGAAGUUAUUUUUUGAUUGUCAAAUAGUUGAUGGGCUGUGAUAAUCUUGAAAACAGCAUUGUAUUAACUCAGAACUUGGCAAGAUUUGAUGGCGUGCAGCAACUAAUUUUUUGUUGUUUGAUGUAAUCAAUGGUUGUUACUCAUGUUUAUGAGUUACUUAAUUCAUCUGAGUAGCACUGAGGUGCAUGUCAAGGACCUUUAGGUCCGUUCCUACAAUUCCUAAGAGCAAUGAAUUUGCCAUAAUGGUUAUAAUGAAGGAGGUGAAGUUACAUGUCAUAGGCUACAUUAGUUACAUGUUAUAGGCAUCAUUAGUUACAUGCUAUUUUUACUUGUGGCGGUUCUACGGAUUGCUGCGGCACCCAGUCUUGCCUCCUUGGGACUGGCUUAAGAUGUGUUCUAAUUGAACAGAUUAUUUUAUAAAUGUCGUAAGCACCAAAAAUGCGAAUUCGAGAAAAACAAGAAAAACCGUUUUAUUUGCUUUGUUGACAAGCUUCGAAUUUCAAAAUAAUGCAUGUUCUUUUAGAAGGCUAUUAUGAAAUCAGACAUUAUUAUCCUAGAGAAAACAAAGAAAAAAAAACUAUAAUCAUCAGCCUGUGUAUUUUCUAUAAAAUGCGGCACAGUCGCUAACUCAUUUUUGACAAAAUUGUCAGCUGAGCCGUAUUAUUUCGUUAGCCCUCAAUAUUUAAAAUAAGCAGUAAAAAUUAUUUAAUAUAAAAGACAACUCACCAUUUCCUUAGAGGCCGCCGUAAUGACCGCAGUAAAAAUUGUCGCUGCUUCUUUCACACUUUUUCCUUCUAAGAUGAAGUACAUAUCUAUAGUAUACAAUCUAAGUAGGUAACCUAAAAAAAAAAACACACACACAAAAAUCACUAUGAGCGCAUCGGCAAACUGAAA